GCACGCUUCAGCUGGAUCUUUACUUUGUGUGUUCCUGCCAGAAUGUGAACUUGGACGCGACACCGUUGUGCCAAAGGCUUCAUCAGGAUCCUGGAGGGAAGGUAAACUGGAUCCGAGAGACGCCCCACUUUUCCAGCUCAAUGUUGCGAUGCAGUAUUUUGGAUGUGCAGAGAAAAGUUGGCAGACUUGUCCACGGUGUCGGGGGCAAAAUGAUUUAGAUAUGCCAGACUUUGUAUUUUAAGAGGCAGGGGGGGGGGGGAUUAUUUCACCACACUGGAAUGGUUUGCGUAAAAGCCGCAAAACACGGAACAUGAGAGCGGAAUUAUGGAUCAUUUAUCCAAACUAAACCCGUUUGUAGCAGUCUACAAUUAACUUUACCUUUUUGGAGACUGAUGGAAGUUGACAACUGCGUCGAAAACCAACUGCAUUCAUGUCCGAGGGAUUGUGUUAAACCAAUGAGUUUAGUCAUGGAUGAUCAUGGAUCCCAGCCCCAUCCACGCAGCUCUGCUCUGAGGGUGUCGACUAAAAGCAAAGCACCAUCUCCGCCUGGACUAAAAAAGCUGGAAUCCCCGGGUUUCUCCCAGUGGUACCCAGGACACCCUCAUUUAACAAUGGACCAGAAGGAGAACCUCAUUGAUAAAGACCUCUCUCUGGUUGUGGUUCUGCCAGGUGGAGUAGAAGAGAUGACCACAGUCCAUGGAAGCAAACCCCUCAUGGAUCUAUUAGUGACGCUUUGUGCAAAGUAUCACCUGAACCCGUCGAGCCACACCUUAGAACUGGUCACCACCAACAAGAACAACACCAAACUCAAGCCCAACGCUCUCAUAGGAACCUUGGAUGCAGAGAAGAUCAUACUUAAACCGAAAGGGGAGGAUAAAAAUAAGAAGGCGGGUCCUCAGAUGCCUGAGGCAACUGUUCGGAUGGUGAUAAACUACAGGAAGACCCAGAAAACUAUACUACGAGUCAAUCCUCGAGUGCCCAUGGCUGAACACUUACCAGCCAUCUGUGAGAAAUGUGAAUUUGAUGUGGAGACUACAGUUCUGUUAAGAGAUGUCCAAUCACUGGCCCCUUUGGACUUGUCCUGCUCUCUUAAUGAUUAUGCAAUAAGGGAGAUUUAUGCAAGAGACACUAGAGGACAACCUGCUUCUCCUUUGAGUCCAGUCUCACCAACACAUGCAGGAGCAGUCACGCCGGGCAAAGAUAAAAAUCAGAAAGAGAAAGAAAACAAAGGCCUCUUCAGCAAGUUUAGGAAAAGCAAGAAAAAAUCUGACCAGGCAACGACAGCCAGCGCCCCAGCUUCCCCUGUGCUUGUGAACAAGCCUCGACCUCUCAGUAUGGCCUUACCUAUUUCCAACUCGUCUCCGCUCGGCUCCCCCACACUACCCGCCGAUGUGCCAAAGAAGAGACGUGCACCCCUGCCCCCGAUCCUCAUGUCACAGAGCUGCUCCUCGGACCACAGCACUCGCCGGAGAAUAAACUCUGAACCUGGUACCCAACUGGACAGAGACCAGAUUGCUGGUUUAAGUCGUGGGUCCUCAGCUGAGUCUUCACUGAAGAGAACCAAACGCAAAGCUCCUCCACCCCCCACGUCCCCUAGUGCUGUUGUCCAAGAAACAGCUCCUAUGGAUGAAACUUUGCAAGGAGGUGCAGCUGCUAACACACUGGAGGAGAUUAUGGAGCAAGAGGAGACGGCUGCCUCUGCAAUGUCUGCAACUGCUAGUGAAACCCAGGGAGAGGACAGCAGCCUCAACAUGUCUGCUGAUGUCUCGUUGCAUUCCCCGUCCCCAGAUACUGAGAUACUGAGCACAACGUCCACGGAGCGAAAUGGGGAAGAUCAGUCUUGUGAUCUGUCCUCAGAUGGCAAUCAGCUGCAGAGCACAAUGAAUGAUUCUGCAACUCUGAGUGUGGUGGUGGCAACUGAUGGCACAGACUCAUCUGAACCAGCAGAUACUAAUAGUGGUCCAUGUUCAGUUGAAAAUGUAAGCCAACACCCGGUUUGUGAAGAGUCUACACCUCAAAGUGUGGACUGCAGCACUGUACCCAGCAGCCCCCCUCUGCCUGUGAUGCAGGAUGCAGAAGCACAGGCCUCUGUUGAGGCAAACACUGAAACCCUCCGGGAGCAGACUGACAAGUUGGAGAGCCCGGUAGCUACGAGCACAUCACGCCCCACUGGAGGGGAUGCUCAAGUGCAAACAGAUUUCACACCCCUACCUGUGCCUCCACAGCAACACACGGACGCAGUCCCCUCCUCAGCUAAUGCUCCCACUUUUGAAUCAGCGGGGAAGAAAGAUAUGGCCACUGCAACAGAGGAACCGGACGCGCCUGACCUCAAACAUGCCUUAUCCCGCACCUCGGAGACCUCAUCGUGCCAAGACUCAACAGCAAGUGCUCCUGCCACAACAAAGGCGUCGACUAUUUAUGCCACAAACUCUGAGCCAAAGCCCAAGCCUUCCAACGAGCUGACAAGGGACUACAUCCCCAAGGUGGGGAUGACAACGUAUACUAUCGUGCCUCAGAAAUCUCUGGAGAAACUGAGAUAUUUUGAAGUUGCACUGAUACUGGAGCCGCCUCCUGCAGCUCCAGAAGAGGGACUUGAUAUUGGUUCUCUUCAGUUGGAGGAGAGCACAGCACCGAGGGGACAGACGGAGGUCCCAAAGGAAAAAAGUGAGCUGCACUCAACUACACCCAGGGAAGACAUACUGACUAGCACUACUACUACUACUACUACCCAAGACACUGUUAAUGGAAGUAUACCUGUAUCCAUUCCUCCCUCAUCACCAACAAGUUUACCUAACGCAGAUGACAAGAUUUCAUCCUCAGCUAAUGGGGCGUCCCAAGCAGGUUCACCAGCACAGGUCAAGGAGAUGAAAAUUCCACCCGCAACUAAACCUAAGCCGGGUUCUUUCCGCUUGGCACAGCACAAAAAAACACCUGGGUAUUAUGUAACCUCAGCAGCAGAAAAGAGUCUCGCCACCAGUCCUGGCUCUGGCCAGAGGGAGGCUCAAGGAAGUGCAGAGAGAGCAAAGUUACCACCCCCUCCUCUUCCACCUCCUGUGCAGUGUCAAGAGGAGACAACAGGGGCCGCUAACGUCGAGCUCAGCCCUAAGGGGGAUGACAAGAAUGUAGCCUUCCAGCAAAUGACAAGGCAAAGUAGUUUGCCAUCUAAAGAGCCAAGCGGACGGUUAAGCUUGGAGAAAUUAAGGAGCUUUGCCGCCCCUAGGCCCUUUUCUCCUACAACCCCAUCCCGCUUCGCCCAGGCAGUGUCCUCUGCUGUGAAAAGGAGCCACUCCUUAUCCCAGUGGCCAAAGUCGCCUCAAUCUCCUGUUUCACCACCCGUCUCCCCAAUCACAAGCCCCUCAUCAGUCACAGAGUCGGGAGGAUUUUCUGAGCUCAAGGACAGUAAACAUACAGAGCUGGAUGGUGACAAGCACGACACUCUGCAGGAAGUAAAGCCCGAAACACCAUCUUUUAGUGGAAUUGUUGAAAUGCAAGGAGAGAGCAGUCCAUAGCAGUGCCUUCAUUCCUUUGACGAUAUAUCAUCUACUGAGGAGCUUAUCCUGUCUACUUUGACUUCUCCACAACCCUUUAUCCCAUGACACAGACGCAGGAACUGUCUUUUGUUUUACCUCUUUUGGUAGUCUCCAACAGUGUACAUAAAAUAAUGUAUUUUGAUAAUUAAUAAUUGCUGUAUUUUGGUUUAUUUUCUCACAUGUCAUUAAGUAAUACCCCUGGCGCUGACAUGCACAUUUUAAUGCUUCUCUUUUAUUUUGUGUGAUGACUAUCUUGCAUUUGGUGUGUCACUGUUGUGAGUGAACAAGAACGUGAAAUGAGAACAAUUCUAUAAAUUAUUAGAACGUGUAUUAUCUAAGUAAUACUGGAUGUGUAGGACGGACCAGGUCUGACCUAUGGUACUUAAAUGCUCUUUAGAUUAUAUGUCAAAUCUAUAUUUAAGUAUUACAGAGUUUUUGAUUAAGCUGCAGAAAUACACUGAUGUGCACAGCACACAAUGUUCUUGUCAAGCAGUGUUGUUAUGAAUAAAGCUUUUAUCAUUUCACUU